GUCCUGACUCUGCUUGGCCAAGCUCCUUUUCUUUCCCUGGUUUUGCUUAAACUUUCUUCUCAGGUGUUAUCCUCUGAGGAAGAAAAAGGCCAUGGGCUUUAUGGAGGGACAGCAUAAAGCAAAUGAAAUACAAAGCAGCAGAUUUGAAAUCUGAGCAACAGAACUCGGAAGCCCCAACCCAGCUCGACUUAACUCAGCUUCAUCAAACUGAAUCCCAGACUCCAGGCUUCCUGUGCUUGCUACAGCUCUCUGCUCCUAGAACCCUCUUCAAUUCCAGCUACAAUGCUGUGUCAGGCAUUUCGCAGAUUUGGUCAAAAACUGGUUCGCAUACUUCCUAAGGAGCAACAGAGACCUGAGACCGACACUGCCAUAAGCCUGAACACUCUGGAUUUAGUGGUGCUGAGUGUAGACCACAUAUUGGGCGCAGGUGUGUAUGUCCUGGCUGGUGAGGUGGCCAGCAAUCAAGCAGGACCAUCUUUUGUGAUCUGCAUUUUGGUGGCCGGCCUAUCUUCUGUAUUGGCUGGGCUGUGCUAUGCAGAGAUUAGUUCUCAGGUUCCCCAUUCUGGCUCUGCAUAUCUUUACAUCUUUAUCACUAUAGGUGAAAUCUGGGCUUUCAUCACUGCCUGGAACCUCAUCUUCUCCUAUGUUGCUGAUACAGCCAUGGUGGUCCGGACAUGGAACUUAGCUUUUGAUUACUUGCGUGAGAACAGGAUCUCUCAGACCCUGCAUGAGAACAUUGCACCACACGUUUCCCGUGUCCUUACAGAAUAUCUAGAUUUCUUUGUUGUGGGCCUUGUGUUGUUCCUCAUGGAAUUGCCGACUCUGAGGAUUAAUAACUUUCUCCUGGUUAACAGAGCAGUCACAAUGUUGAAACUUUUGAUUCUUAGCUUUAUCAUCAUCACUGGCUUCAUUAAAGGGGACCUGCACAACUGGAAGCUCACAGAAGAGGACUACAUAAAGGCUGGACUCAAUGACACCUCAAGCUUGGGCCCCCUGGGCUAUGGAGGAUUUGUGCCUUUUGGCUUCGAAGGGAUUCUCCGUGGAGCAGCUACCUGUUUCUAUGCAUUUAUUGGUUUUGACAAUAUUGUUACCAGAGCUGGGGAAGCCCAGAAUCCCCAGCGUUCCAUCCCCAUGAGCAUUGUGGUUUCACUGCUCAUCUGCUUUUUCGUGUACUUUAGUGUCUCUGCAGCACUUACACUUAUGUUGCCUUACUACAAACUUCAACCCGGGAACACCUUGCCUGAAGCAUUUCUCCAUAUUGGCUGGGCCCCUGCCUAUUACAUUGUUACCUUUGGAUUUUUCUGUAGUCUUUCUGCACGCAUCUUGGGCUUUAUGUUACCCAUUAAGCAGUUGAUAUACAAGAUGGCAACAGAUGGCCUCCUGUUCCCUGUCCUUGCCUGGAUCCAUGCUGGCACAUACACCCCCAUUAUGGCCUCUGUGAUCUUUGGAAUUAUUGCAGCCGUCAUGAUAUUCUUCUUUAAACUAACUGAUCUCUUGGACCUCAGGUCAAUUGGGUCCCUGAUAUCUCAUUCUCUGGUUGCUCUUUGUGUUCUCAUCCUCAGGUAUCAGCCUGAGGUGAAGAAUGGGGCAAAUGAAGCAGAGAUGCAGGAGGAGAAUGGACCUUCAGCAGAGAGGCUGACUCUACAGCGACUACUUUUUCCAGGCAGUUCCACCCCCACUCCACUCUCUGGCUGGGUUGUCCGUGUUUGCUCAUUACUGCUUGUUCUGCCGCUCACUCUUCUUUGCCUGGUGCUGGCCCAGUGGCCAGUUCUGCUUUCUGGAGACCCAGUGUGGAUUUCACUGGUUGUGGUGCUCCUGGUGUUCAUCACUGGGCUCACUGGGGUCAUCUGGAGACAGCCACAGAGCUCCAGUCGUCUUCACUUUAAGGUCCCUGCUGUGCCUCUCCUCCCGCUACUGACCAUCUUUGUGAAUAUUUGCCUUAUGAUGCAGCUGACAGCUGACACCUGGGCCCCUGUUGGUAUCUGGAUGCUGAUUGGAUUUGCUAUCUACUUUGCUUAUGGGAUCCAGCACAGCCUAGUUGCUUAAUUCCACUUAAAUUUGGGCCAUGAUUUUAUAUACUGCAAUUUUGCUGAAUUCACGUAUCAGUUCUAACAGUUUUUUUUUUUUUUUUUUGGUGGAGUCUUUUGGAUUUUCCAUGUAGAGUAUCAUGUCAUCUGCAGUGAGUGAAAGUUUGACUACUUUGCCAGUUCGUAUGCCUUUUAUUUCUUCUUGUUAUCUGAUUGCUGAGGCUAGGACUUCCAGUACUAUGUUUAACAACAGUAAUAAGAGUGGACCUCCCUGUCAUGUUCCUGACUCUAGGGGGAAAGCUGUCAGUUUUUCCCCACUGAGGAUAUUAGCUGUGGGUCUGUCAUAUAUGUCCUUUAUGAUGUUGAGGCAUGUUCCUUCUACUCCUACUUUCUUGAGGGUUUUUAUCAAGAAAAGAUUCUGUAUUUUGCCAAAUGCUUUUUCUGCAUCUGUUGAGAGAAUCAUAUGGUUCUUAUGUUUUCUUUAUUAACGUGGUGUAUCCAUUGAUUGAUUUGCAGAUAUUGAACUAUCCCUGAAGCUCAGGAAUAAAUCCCACUUGACGGUGGUGAAUAAUGCUUUUAAUGAAUUAUUGGAAUUGAUUUGCUAAUAUCUUGUUAAGAAUUUUUGCAUCCAUAUUAAUCAGGGAAAUUGGUCUGUAAUUCACCUUUUGGUGGGGUCUUUGUCUGGUUUUGGAAUCAACAUAGUGCUGGUCUCAUAGAAUGGGAUUAGAAAUUUUUUCCCCAUUUUUUGAAACAGCAUCAAAAGAAUAGGUGUUAACUCUUCUUUAAAUAUUUGAUAGAAUUCCCCUGGGAAGCCAUUUGGUCUUGGACUCUUGUUUCUUGGAAGAUUUUUGAUUACUGAUCCAAUUUCUUUACUGGUUACAUGUCUGUUCAAAUUUUCUAUUUCUUCCUAUUUCAGUUUUGGUAGUUUAUAUUCCUAGGUAUUUAUCCAUUUCUCUCAGAUUGCUCAAUUUGUUGGCAUAUUAUUGCUCAUAAUUUUCUCUCAGUAUUGUUUGUAUAUCUGCAUUGUUGGUUGUGAUCUCUCCUCUUCCAUUUGUGAUUUUAUUUAUUUGGGUCCUUUCCUUUUUCUUUUUGAUAAAUAUGGCUAGGGGAUAUCAAUUUUGUUAAUUUUUUCAAAGAACCAGGUCUUAACAACUGAUCAUUUCUAAAGUUAUCUUUACCUAAAAAAUUCUAGGAUGUCCUCUGGUUCUUCUGUCCUGUGAUUCUCCCAGUCAGAUCUCUCUUCUGCAUUAACUGUGAAUAUGAAGCAUGCCCACUUUCACUAUAACUAAGUGUUGGAACUGUAGAGGUACAACAAAUAACACUCCAUUUCCUCCUCCCAUCUUCAGAAGCAAUUGAUAAUCAAGACCUAGAGACAGACGAUUAAACCAUCAGCUUUAGAUCUGAAACUUGAUUGUCUUGCUAAUCCUGCCUCACUAAAUUAGAAAGACUUACUCCUCAUCUCAAGUAAUGAUGAGCACCCCCCAACUCCCACCACAGGAGAGAGUUUUCUUUUAUUAGAUUCACUUGUGUUUCAGGUUGGACUGCAGGUGUUCUUUGGGCAGGUUGACCCUGGAUAAGAAAAGAAAAUCAACUAAAACUGGAAGGGGCUGAGCUAGGUAUGCUCAGUGCUGUCUCUUCUACUCACUAAUCAAAUUCACAAUAAGAGAAGUCAGGAAUAUUACUCUUCUCAGUGGUGCUCACUUCAGGAAAUGACACCUUACCUGUAAAGUUUGUGAAAACACAGACCUUCCAAAUGCUGAAUUCCAGCAUUUGGAAUUCAGAGGGCCUGGGUGAGGCCCAGAACUUGUACUGUUAACAAAUUCCCAGGUGUUGUUGACACUGCUGUUCCAGGGACCACACACGGAAAACCAAAGCUCCAGCUGAAGCUCUUCCACGUGUAAAGAUGAAGUGGUGGCAACAAAGAUGCAGUUUGAACACUUAUCUUCAUUUAAUGAAACAAUCAGAUUAAAAUGCCAUCAUUAAUCCUCUCACAGUGGGGAACUCAUAGUGAAUCAUUUCACAAUGUAUAUGUCUAUCAAAUCACCACAAUGUACACUUUAAAUAUCUGACAACUUUAUGUGUCAAUUUUACUUCAAUAAAACUGAAAUUAAAAAAUAUGUAUAUGUAUAUAUAUACAUGUACAUAUUUACAUAUAUACAGUUA